AUGUGUGUAACCAUCUCUGUUUUCUUCCAUUCCUUUCAGACCGAAAACUACUCGUUUGAUUCCAACUAUGUGAACAGCCGAGCUCAUUUAAUAAAAAGCAGCUCGACCUUCAAAGAUUUGGAGGGGAACAGCUUGAAGGACAGCGGGCACGAAGAGAGUGAUCAGACGGAUAGCGAACAUGAUGCUCAGCGGGGCCUGUACUGUGACACAGCUGUUAAUGAUGUUUUGAAUACCAGUGUCACCUCCAUGGGGUCUCAGGUGCCUGAACAAGAUCAGAGUGAAGGAUUCCACUGUCGAGAAGAGUGUCGGAUCCUUGGCCAUUCUGACCGAUGCUGGAUGCCCCGGAAUCCUGUCCCCACCCGAGGCAAAUCUCCUGAACAUGGAAGGAACGUCAUGUCCCUCUCUAUAGGAGCUUCUACGGUCGAUACGGAGCUUUACGAAGACUCUACUGCAAAGAGAACUUUUGCAACCUUUGGCAAAGACAGGAACGAAACUGUUUCUGAGGAGCGGGGCCCCAUCCAUGUCAAAGGCAAAAGGACACUGGAUCUACCCAUCUGUAGCCCAAAGGUGAACGGGGCCAUCCGGGAAGCUGGGAACGGUUGUGAAGCUAUCAGUCCCAUCACCUCGCCUGUCCAUUUGAAGAGUCCCUCGUCCGGCAAGCCAUCGGUCUCCUACAGCAUAUUUCACUGCCCGUCCAGUCACGACUUAGAGCCGUUUGUGACCAACGGCCCCUCCAGGCCUAUGGAAGCGGAGCCGAGGGGCGCGGACAGUGAGAACGCGGUGCAUGAAAUUAACCCUCUCCUACAGGAAUGUAGGGAGAAAGACUCGCCCAGCGUGAAGAGGCUAAAGGAUAUUGUACUCUGAAGCGGGCCCACAGAGGGAGGGGAAAAAAAAUGCCGCCACCAAACAACGUCUCACCAUUUUUAAGCGCUUACGGACGGUUCACCAGGCAAAGCUGCUGUACUUAGAAGCUUUCCUUCAAUGUAUUGUUUAUAAAAAAAAAAAAAAUGAAGCGAUCGUUAAUGUGACAAUCUCAUGUGGUUUC